ACGAAAUCGGGUCAAACACAAGUAACUGCGCAGUCGUCGGGAAGACUACAAAAUUUUAGCACGACCGGCGCUGGUUCUCACCAAGUCGGAGGGUCAUCGUCCUCAACAGCUAGACCAGGGACUCGAGGAGAGGCUUCGAAUCAUCAGUACCAAAGCCAACCACAUCAAAGCCAACAGCCCUUACAGCGUCGUGGCG